AUGUCAUUGUUCGGUGGUGAUGCUGGCGCACAGCCUUCGGAUUCUUCGUUUGACUCCGAAGCUGAGCAAUCGCAGGAUUCUAGUACGCGACCCUCACCCUCUCCAGAGCGGGAACCUACUCCACAAGAUGCGCCAAAUACGGAAGACCUCUACGCCGAGCUCGAAGCCGACUUUGCGUCUCAGUCCGAGUCCGAGAGCGAGUCGGACGAGCCGACACGUCCCAACCGAUUUCAAGGACCGCGCUACACAUGGAGGAAAUACACGGCUGCAGAUCGCGAGAUCGCUGAGUCGCUCGACCAGACACAGAACCAGGACCUCGCUGCACAUCUGUACAACGCCCAUGCUCUCAAGAAACGUGUCAGACGGCCACCACAGGAGCUGGCAGGCCUGAGCAGCUGGCAGAACAACGAGCAUUGGCUGAAAAAGGGAGAUGAGCUGCAGUAUGCCGAUAUUCCGGGAGAGAUGCAGACAAACCUGGUGCCAUCUAAGGAUUGGACAGCAUGGCCUUUGCCUCCGCCAGAAACACGCAAGCCUCAUGGAGAGUCCGGACGUGGAACGAUUAGUAGCUGGCCGGAUGACUGGACGAUUGGCAAUGCAGAUGAGCAGGACAUCGGAGAGGAGUUGCGCGAUGAGAUGCUCGCUACAAUCUUGCGACAGGCAAAAGAACGCUGGCGCGCAAGGGAGACAGCAGAUGCAUCUGUCCGCGAGCUUGAUCGUACAGCACGUUCGCGAAGCAGGUCACGCUCAAAAAGUAUCAAAUCAGCAAGAUCACAUCGUUCCAUGUCAAGAGCGGAUACGGACGCAAAUGACGACGAUCUCGGAACCGAAGACGGGGAAGCACAAGAAGACGAGCAAGAGAAAUUUGGUCAUAUCUUAGGCAAAAGGCGAGGCAGGGUGGCCCAGCGCGUAACUCACGUCACGCCCACAUUCCUCGCAGAUGAUGCGAAAGCACGCAGGAUUCUGGACCCGAUGAUCAACUCAAUCCUGACAAAGGCAGACGAUCUCGCACUUGCCAUUCGCCGCACUCGACUUAAUCAUUUCGGGCGCAAGGACUACACUGAUAGGUCCUCCCAAAGCGACUGGACGAACAACUCCUCCGAUAGCGGCACAGACUCUGAUAGUGACGUGGUCAUGGAUGAUGCAAAGGCCGAGCCCUUGUCGAAGAAACGCAGUAGGCCCGGAAGCACGGCAGACGAACGAAGCCCCUCGGCCACCCGUGACGAGACGGGGAGAGCUGGGCUCAUCGAUUGGAGUGAAGUGCUUGGUCUUGCGGCAGUCAAAGGCUGGGACGAACGAGUGAUUGCCCGGGCUACUCAGCGUUGUGCAACUCUUUUCGGCGAGAGCAUGUCCUUCAUACCUUUGGACGAAAACCGUGCCGCAAUGCCUGUUUCCGAGCCAGUGCAGUACACACCAUCCACCAUACCGGCUCCAAACAUGACGGCUAGCAGACCGGUACCAAAGCGUCCCCUAUUCCCAAUUGGUACCUGGCGCUGUCCUCAUGUUGGCUGCUACGGUCACGAGAAAGAUUUCGAAAGUCCACAUCGCGUAGUAGAACACUGCAAAAGAGUUCAUGGCUACGACCCAAGGACCAACGACUCGGACAACGAAGACAGGGCAGUCGGCGGCGUGCACAUCGAUGGUUUCUUACAGCCGAUUGUUGCACAGCGUGGUUGGCUAGAGCGAGGGAAGUCGAGAGCUGGCAGGGAGAAGAAGAGGCAGAAGAUUGCGCAAGUUGAUGGUGCAACAAACCCGCCAUUGCGCCCUCUCCAAGCCCCCAAAAUGGCCACAAUUCGGCCCAUGAGGCCAAACGACCUCCUCCGCAUCUCCUGCACCAACCUCGACCACCUGACCGAAACCUACAACAUCGGCUUCUACAUGGAAUACCUGACAAAAUGGCCCGAGCUAUGCCAAGUCAUCGAGGGCAUCGACGGCAACAUUGAGGGCUACAUCCUAGGCAAACUUGAAUCCUCCCCUUACGCCGCGCCCAUAACGCCCUACUCCCCGGCCACCACCGGCCGCAAAUACCCAAACUACCUGCCCUGGCACGGGCACAUCACCGCGCUGACCGUGGCGCCCAGCGCGCGCCGCCUCGGGCAUGCGACGGCGCUGUCGAGCGCGCUGGAGCGCAGCAGCGAUGCGGCGAAUGCGUGGUUCGUCGACCUGUUUGUGCGCGCGAGCAAUGAGAUUGCAAAGGAGCUGUAUAGGAAGAUGGGGUACAGUGUGUAUCGGCGCGUCAAGGAUUACUACAAUGAUGGCGAGGAUGCGUUUGAUAUGCGGAAGCCGCUUGGGAGGGAUAAGGAGAGGGGGACGGUCAGGGAGAACGGGGAGGAUGUGGCGGUUUCGCCGGAUGAUGUUUGGUGAAGAUGGUUCAAGAAUAUGCGUGGUUUAUGCAACGAUGGAGAUGGGCUAAUGCGGAAUACGAGAAGUAUGUC